AUGAGAAAUCAUAAGCUGGGGAAUCCACCGAUCGUGAAAUUUGAGGGCAGGUCGCAUUUUAAGCAGAAAAUGGAUCAACUCUUAGAUCUCGAAGCGUUAAAACAAUUGACUCCUGAAAAGCAGCAGCAAGUUAUUCAAGCAGUUAAGCAACAAGCGGCGAUUGCCAACGCACAAAAUUUAAUCACGGAUUUGUCAGAGAAGUGCACUCAGAAGUGUAUUUCGGCUCCCGGAAGCUCGCUUUCGAGCUCUGACAAGCAGUGUUUGCAGCGAUGUAUGGAUCGCUUCAUGGACUCUUGGAAUCUCGUAUCUCAAACACUGCAAAAACGUCUUCAAGACGAAUUAGUCUCGAGUGAACCUACGCCUGUAGGGAACAGGAACAAUGUUAGCACUGGAAACGAUGUUAGAUCAACUACCAAAGUAUAG